AGCUGUUGAGCCGGUUUAAAGUCUGCCUGGUCUGCUCGUAAACAUUUCAUUUAUGUCCAAUUUGACAUCUAAAUAUUUCAGAAAAAUAGUUUAUUCCAGCGUUAAUCAGUCUGUUGUGAGCUAGAGUCAUGAAAUAUCUUCCGUUUAAAAAUAAUUUAGCUAAAUGUAAUAACCUAGCUGCUAAAUUAGCUCUUCUGCUGUUAACUGAGGCAACUUAAACUUUCAGGAUUUUCAUGUAAAUAAGCCGAACCGAACUGAACGGGGUCCAGCUCUUAACUUCAGUGAAGGAUCAAGACGACAACGAUGAUGAUCUCUCAGCUCUUCAUCUUGUCCUCCAAGGGCGACCACCUCAUCUACAAGGACUACCGUGGAGAGGCAGGAAGUGAUGUCAUCGACGUUUUCUAUGAGAAGGUCACAGCGCUGACGGGAGACCAGCCACCCGUUGUCAUGAGUCAUAAAGACCUCCACUUCGUCCACAUCAGGCAGGGCGGUCUCUACUGGGUUGCCACGACGACAGCCGACUCCUCUCCAUUCAGCAUCAUCGAGUUCCUGAACAGGCUCAGCGGCCUGGUGAAGGACUACUGCGGCAGCCUGUCAGAAAAGGCCGUGCAGAUGAACUUCGCCCUGAUCUACGAGCUGCUGGACGAGGUGCUGGACUACGGCUACGUCCAGAUGACAUCAUCAGAUGUCCUGAAGAACUUCAUCCAAUCAGAGGCCGUCUCCUCCAAACCCUUCAGCCUCUUUGACCUCAGCAACGUGGGGCUGUUUGGAGCGGAAACCCAGCAGAAUAAAGUUGCUCCCAGUUCUGCUGCCACCAGACCGAUCCAGACCAGCAGGGACCCGGGAGGGAAGAGCGAGAUCUUCGUGGACGUCAUCGAGAAGAUGUCGGUGGUGAUCGGCUCCAACGGGGUUCUGAUGAAGGCAGACAUUGAGGGAGAGAUCAGAGUCAAGUGCUACAUGCCGAGUUGUUCCGAGAUGCGGAUCGGUCUGAACGAGGAGUUCAGUGUGGGGAAGUCCCAGCUCCGAGGUUACGGCGCCGCUGUCCGGGUCGAUGAGUGCAGCUUCCACCAGUCAGUCCAGCUGGACGAGUUCCACAGCCACCGGAUCCUCAGACUGUGUCCCAGCCAGGGAGAGCACACGGUGAUGCAGUACCGGCUGAGUGACGAGCUGCCGUCGGCACCGCCGUUCCGCCUCUUCCCCAGCGUGGAGAGGGACUCAGCAGGACGGCUGCUGAUGUACCUGAAGCUGCGUUGUGACCUUCCACCCAAAAGCACCGCCAUCAACCUCAGCGCCUCCAUCCCGGUUCCUAGAGGUUCUGUGAGUCUGUCCCAGGAGCUCAGCAGUCCGGAUCAGAGCGCGGAGCUGCAGCUGCAGAACAGAACCGUGUUCUGGAAAAUCCCGCGGUUCUGUGGAGGAACCCAGCUGUCCGCCCUGUUCAAGCUGGAUGUUCCGGGUCUGAGCUCCGCCUCCAUGCUGGAGGUCGGCCCGGUCGGGCUCAGCUUCGAGCUGCCUAAGUGGACCGGAACCGGACUGCAGAUCCGCUUCCUGCGCCUGUCUCCCAUCCAUCCCGGCCCGUCUCAGCGCUGGGUCCGAUACGUCACGCACUCCGACUCCUACAUCAUCCGGAUCUGACCUGGUUCUGAAACGGCUGGACCCGGUCUGAAGCUCUGAAAAUUUAGUUCUGUUGGACCUUUUAAAUCAGGACUCUGAGUUUAGAACUAGGAGGAAGUUCUGUGCUGAUUCAGCCCAAUCACGCUCACUGACCCGUUCCACUUCUGCUUCAGAACUUCCUGCUGAUAAUGAUUCACCAGCCGACCCGGACCAGCGCGGCGCUGAAGGUUAAACCCGGCUGCGGCCCGGCCUGACUCGCUGGGCUCGUCCCUUCCUCUGGUGUCCCACAGGAAGGCCCGCGGUUCUGAUCCAGAACAGCGACAGGAAGCGGAGGAGGCUGCACAGACAGCAGUAACUGGGUCGGGUCUGGACUUCCUGAUGGAAACAGUUCUGACAGGCCCGGUUCUGCUCUGCUCCUGUUCAGGGCAGAACCAGAACCGGUCCAGAACUCCUCUGACCCGUCCGCCUGAUAGUUACCCUAUCACCUCCUGCAGUUCUUUUCUGCAGGAAAAGAACUCUUUUGAGUUCUGUGAUUUGAAUAAGUUACUCUGAUUAGCACUUAGCGCUAACUCUGAAGCUUCCACUGCAUUAAAGUGGAUGGAUAAAUUCUGAAGCACUGAUUUCCUUUAAUGGUUUUUAAGAUUUCAGUUGAAUGAAGUUUGACAUCUCGGUUGAAGUUUUGUUUUUUGACUGUCAGAAAUCUUCAAAAAGUGAGACGUUAUAGUCAUGCUCCGAUUCAUCUCUCCACAGUGAACAGUUAGCAAUAACAAUAAAACUUAAACAUGGUGUAAUUCAUGUCUCUGACACAUGGGGCAUAUCAAUAUGACUGAAUUUAGUGCUUUAUUAUUCACUCCUGCUAAUUACCAUGUUGGUAUUGAGCUCUAGCAUUACCUUUGGUUGGAUUAUAUGUGGGGAUAGCGCUUUAGCAUUAGCUUCUGCUAAUUACUGUGUUGGAAUAGCUACUUAGUCCUGGCAGAACUAAUAUUUAUGAUUAGUGCUUUAGGGUUAGCACAGCUAGGUUUGUAGUUAGCGGUUCUACCACUGACUUAAUGUCCUUCCUCAGUGGUCAUAGAAGCAGCCAUACAGGCUGACCUUUGACCUGUGGAGGGACCCGGACCUCCUUACCUGCUCUGUUAACAGAACUCUGAGGUGAUCCAGAUCCAUAACUGUAACAAUAACCUAAAUAUUAUUCUGAUCAGUUUCACUUCCUGUCAGAUGUUGAAAGCUUCCAGAUGUUUGUCGAUGAAGACUUCCAGCUGUGAGCCCAGCCUUUUCCUCCUCUCCCUCCUCUUCCUCAGCCUCUGGGCCGUGUGCAGAACCACCCAGAGCUCCUGCAGCCGAGUGAACAUGUUCUGUCGAUUAACAUCUCGUUCCACUCAGCGGACCGCAGGAUGGAGCCGGGUUCUGCUGGGACAGGCUGGAACACAUCGGCACCAAGAGGAGCACAGACGGUUCUGGUCGGGACUCAGAACCAGAAUCUGGAGCAGGAUCGAGAUUCUGGAGGUGCUUGAGUCAGUUCUGACCCAGAACCAAGAAGUUCUCUGUUUUGCUUUCAUGUUAAGAAUUUUAGUGUCAGUUUCUAUGGCAACUGAAGCUAAUGAGGCUUCUUACUAAAUAUCAACUAAAAACAAAACAACUUCCUGCUGAGUCAUCCUCUCUUCUUCUGCUGUAGAAACGUUUCACAGCCUGAAGACCUUCAGACUUUCAUCAUGAUUAAUGUUCAUCAAUAAAUUAUGGAGGUUUGGUUUUGAUCUGGAAACCAGCUGGACCCGACCAGCUAACCAGGACCGGCCCAGUUCUGCUGGCUCUGACCUCAGAUAAGCAGAAGGAAACGGGUCAGCGCCGCAGACCUGCUGCCUCAGCUGUUCUGGGGAAACAACAACAGGCUGGACUGAACUGGUCCUGGGUCAGAAGAACCAGGCCAGUGCAGCGUUCAGCUGGACUCAACAGGUCCCGGUUCUGAGCCGGUCCGGCUUGUGAAUAUUCUCUCUUUAAUAAAUGAGCUUUUAUGCUUCUGACUCA